AUGGAUCAUAUCAACAAAUUGAUACCGUUGUGGAAACAAUUAUAUUAUAAAUGGAAGUCGCUGAGAACAAUUCCGUUGAGAAAGAAGUUCUUUGUGGGUUACGACCUGACGGGGAAUACCUAUUGGGAGUUCUUUGUCGAGCGCAAGAAGGGGAUUCGACCCCGCAGACUUUACCAGCCAUAUAAACCACGGGAGUUUAUGGUCGACUACUACGAAAAUGUCCCUGUCCAGUGGCUCCAGUGGCUCCGAUUCACUCGGCUAAGGCCACCGACCCUGGAAGAACUGGUGGAAGAUAAAAUGAGAAUAGAGAGAAUACAGCAGCUGGCUCAGCUCAAAGACCAACAGUUACAUUAUAAAGAGCUAGAGAAGGACGAGGCCAUAGGAAGAAGCAUGGAAAAGGCGUUGAGAAACAUCAGAAAAUAA